AGCGUCAAAUUAUAAAGACGAAGAAUUACUGGAAUCCCAUAGCGAUGUGUUUCGUCAAAUAGAUUUGGAUGUGAAGCGAACGGUUCCCAAUCAUAAUAUGUUUGCCAGCGAUGAUAAUGGGAUUACAAAAUUACGAAAUAUUCUCAUUGGAUACUGUAUUUGCGUUAACCCUUCAGUCGGUUAUUGUCAGGGAAUGAAUUUUAUUGCAGCUCUUCUUCUCAUUGUAUUCGAUGGCAAUGAAGAACACUCUUUAAUGGGCUUAAUAGCAAUCAUUGAUCACUAUUUUCCUCCUCAUUAUUAUGAUCAUCAUUUAACAGGCGUUCGAGCGGAUCAGAUGCUCCUCAAAGAUCUGAUAACAUGCAUGACAUCCGACAAUAAACUUCAUUUCAACGAACAGAUGCUCGAAGAGAUCACAAAUGCUUUGUCUCUCAAC